AUGGCUCUCUCCCAGGAUGGCAAUUACUUUAUAAUUGUUGGGCUGGAAGGGACAGAUGCUGCUGGACAAAAGGUUCUUCAUGAAGAGAAGCUGUUUAUGUGCCCUGCAGACCUUCCUGCACUGGAUGCUCCUAGCAGUGGUGUCUGUUCUGCUGUCCACAGCCAGGACCGGCUGCCCUGUGCCUCUUUACCCAUCAGCCAGGGAGACUGUGAAGUGCGAGGCUGUUGUUACAACCCUAGGGACAAAGUCAAGACUUGCUAUUAUGGUAACACAGUGACAGCACACUGCACACCAGAUGGACAGUUUUCCAUUGCUGUCUCUCGAGAUGUGACCCUGCCACCUGUUAUCCUGGACUCUGUGCAUCUAGCCAGUGGGCGCAGUGCUGGCUGCAUCCCUGUAAUGAAAAACAAUGCCUUUGUUGUGUACCAGUUCCCACUCUCUGCCUGUGGCACUACUUUUCAGGUGACUGGAGACCAUGCCAUAUAUGAGAAUGAGUUGGUGGCAUCCAGGGAUGUGAAUAUGGGGAGCCUUGGUUCUAUCACUAGGGACAGCACUUUCAGGUUACAUGUCCGCUGUAGUUAUGCCAUCACUGGGAGUUUUGUCCCCUUGAGUGUUCAGGUCUUCACACUGCCACCGCUCCCUGCUGUCUCCCAGCCUGGUCCUCUGUCCUUGGAGCUGCGUAUUGCCUCAGAUGAACAAUAUAGUUCCUACUACACUGGCACUGACUAUCCCAUUGUGAAGGCUCUAAGAGACCCUAUUUACAUAGAAGUUAGGAUCCUUCAGAGGACAGACCCUGACCUGGUUCUACUACUGCACCACUGCUGGGCCACACCAAGUAUAAAUCCUUAUCAACAGACACAGUGGCCUGUCCUGGUGAAUGGGUGCCCUUAUUCAGGAGACAACUAUCAGACACAGCUGGUACCUCUUAGUACUGCCUCAGGAUUACUGUUUCCAUCACAUUAUCAGCGCUUCACCCUCUACACGUUUACCUUUGUGGACUCUGCAUCCCAGGAGCUGCUUUCCGGGCUGGUAUACCUGCACUGCAGUGCCUCAGUGUGCCACCAAUCUGUGCAAGAGUCCUGCACCAACACUUGUCCUGCUAGAGCCAGAGGUAAAAGAAGUGCUGAGUAUACCCUUAAGGACAGUGCCUCCCGUGUUUCCAGCAAAGGCCCUGUUAUUUUCCUGCAGGAUGAGCUAAGACAAGUAGCUGAUGUGGAUGACUUCAGAGCAGCUGCAGCCCCUUGGGCUCUGGGUUUUGCUGCUGUGGCUGCUGGGGCAGUGCUGAGCGUGGUGUUGGUGGCUGCUGUGCUGUGGUGGAGAAAGUGAUCUCAUUACAGGCACCUGUUUUGCAAUAAAGUGGUUCCCAAACACA